AUGGUAUUGGCAGAUUUAGGUCGAAAAAUAACUACUGCUCUGCAGUCUUUAAGCAGAGCAACUAUCAUCAAUGAAGAGGUUUUAAAUUCCAUGCUAAAGCAAAUUUGUGCAGCGCUCCUAGAGGCUGAUGUUAAUAUACGCUUGGUGAAAAAUCUUAGAGAAAAUGUUCGUGCUGUUAUUGACUUCGACGAAAUGGCUGGUGGGCUUAACAAAAGACGUAUGAUACAAUCUGCUGUUUUUAAGGAAUUAGUAAAACUGGUUGAUCCAGGUGUAAAGCCAUAUCAACCCAUAAAGGGGAAGCCUAACAUAAUUAUGUUUGUAGGCCUUCAAGGCUCUGGUAAAACUACAACUUGUACAAAGCUUGCUUAUCAUUAUCUAAGAAAGAAUUGGAAGUCUUGCCUUGUAUGUGCCGAUACUUUCCGAGCCGGUGCUUAUGAUCAAGUUAAACAGAAUUGUACUAAAGCUAGAAUACCAUUUUAUGGAAGUUAUACCGAAGUUGAUCCUGUAGUCAUAGCAACUACAGGUGUGGAAAUGUUCAAAAAAGAGGGUUUUGAGAUGAUUAUUGUAGAUACUAGUGGUCGUCACAAACAGGAAGAGUCAUUGUUUGAAGAGAUGUUGGCAGUAGCAAAUGCUAUUAAACCAGACAACAUAAUUUUCGUAAUGGAUGCUACAAUAGGGCAAGCUUGUGAGGCUCAAGCUAGAGCUUUUAAAGACAAAGUUGACAUUGGUUCUGUUAUAAUAACAAAAUUGGAUGGACAUGCCAAAGGUGGUGGUGCCCUUUCUGCUGUUGCAGCAACACAAAGUCCUAUCAUAUUUAUUGGCACAGGUGAACACAUUGAUGAUUUGGAACCAUUUAAGACAAAACCAUUCAUUAACAAACUGUUGGGUAUGGGAGAUAUUGAAGGGCUAUUGGAUAAGGUUAACGAGCUGAAGCUUGAUGAUAAUGAUGAAUUGUUAGAAAAAUUGAAACAUGGUCAAUUUACAUUACGAGCUAUGUAUGAGCAAUUUCAGAACAUUAUGAAAAUGGGACCCUUCUCACAAAUCAUGGGUAUGAUACCAGGUUUAUCUCAAGAUCUUAUGUCAAAAGGCAGCGAACAAGAAUCUAUGGCGAAACUUAAGCGUCUCAUGACAAUUAUGGAUUCAAUGAAUGAAGGAGAGCUGGACCACCGUGAUGGUGCCAAACUUUUUUCUAAACAACCAACAAGGAUCACAAGAGUAGCUCAAGGUGCUGGUGUAACUGAAAGAGAUGUUAAAGACUUGAUUGCGCAAUAUACUAAGUUUGCAGCAGUAGUAAAAAAGAUGGGUGGAAUUAAAGGGUUGUUUAAAGGAGGCGAUAUGGCAAAGAAUGUUAACCAAACACAAAUGGCAAAACUUAAUCAACAAAUGGCCAAAAUGAUGGACCCACGCAUACUCCAACAGAUGGGUGGCAUGUCAGGACUUCACAAUGUAAUGAGGCAACUCCAACAAGGUUCAAGUGGGAUGAACAGCUUAAUGGGCGGAAAA